GUCUUCCAACUAACGGUUUUCUUUAGCCGUUCCGUUCCAUUCCGCGGGGAAAUUCUCUCUGCGUUACCAUUUCAUUUGCAUUUGCAUUUUCACCUCGAUCCAAUCCCUUUCCUCUUCUCCUCAAUAGCACACUGUGUUUGUUUCUUCAAGGUCAGGAGGGGGAGGGGGAGGAACAAUCGCCAACAUGGAUGCAAUAUGCGGUGCAAUGAAAUGACAUUAUUUUUCCACCAAUGUGGGCUUAAAGGCCCAUCACGUUGCAUCAUUUGUUUACCUUUUUGCUAUUUGGUUGAUUUUUAGAUUGCAAGCAAUACAAGAAGAGACAAGAAGAGGGUUUUUUGUUGAUAUUAUUCUAUUUUGAAUCUGGUUGGAAUUGUAUAGCCUUGUUCAGGGAUUGGCUUGCCAAUGUACUGAACAAGUUUUGAAUUUGAGUGCACCGCGUCAGGGGGGGAUCGUGGAGUGCUAUGGAACGUAAUGCUCCAAACAUUCCCCCCUCUGAAACUUCCCAUCCUCGCCGCAACAGGGUUCGUCCCAAAAGCAGCGUCCAAUUUGAUGAUAACACCCUCUUUCAUUAUGACAAUGGCAACGUCAUCUAUGUUAAUGAUCCCACCAAGACUAAUGAAAAGUAUGAGUUUUGUGGGAAUGACAUCCGAACCAGCAGAUACACUCUUCUCAACUUCUUGCCCAAGAAUCUGUUCAUUCAGUUCCACCGGGUCGCUUAUCUCUAUUUCCUUGCCAUUGCUGCCCUGAAUCAGCUUCCUCCACUAGCUGUUUUCGGCCGAACCGUGUCCCUUUUCCCCCUAUUGUUUGUGCUUUGCGUCACUGCUAUCAAGGAUGCCUACGAGGAUUGGCGCAGGCACAGGUCAGAUUGCUAUGAAAACAAUCGUGAGUGUCUGGUUCUUCAAUCGGCUCAGUUCCGUUCCAAGAGAUGGAAAAAUGUGCAGGCUGGUGAUGUGAUUAAAAUCUUAGCCGAUGAGAUGAUUCCUGCUGACAUGGUCUUGCUGGGGACAAGCGAUCCUAGUGGGGUUGCUUAUAUUCAAACAAUGAAUCUGGAUGGUGAAUCGAAUUUGAAGACACGGUUUGCCAAGCAAGAAACAGUUUCAGCGUUUUUGCAAGAUGCUUGUGCUGUCUCUGGAGUUAUUAGAUGUGAACCACCUAAUCGGAAUAUCUAUGAGUUCACUGCCACCAUGGAGUUAAAUGGCCAUAAGAUUCCCCUUAACCAGUCAAACAUUGUUCUGCGUGGUUGCAUGCUGAAGAACACGGAUUGGAUAAUUGGUGUUGUGGUCUAUGCAGGACAGCAAACAAAAGCAAUGUUGAACAGUGCAGCUUCCCCUUCCAAGAGAAGCAAACUGGAAAGUUACAUGAAUAGAGAAACUUUGUGGUUGUCAGUUUUUCUUUUUAUCAUGUGCGCAGUUGUUUCCCUAGGGAUGGGUCUCUGGCUGGUACGCCAUAAGCAUGAGCUUGAUACCUUGCCUUACUACAGAAAAAAAUUCUUCAACAAAGGGCCAAAUGAGGGAAGGAAAUACAGGUACUAUGGGAUAACAAUGGAAACUUUCUUCUCCUUUUUGAGCUCUAUUAUUGUGUUUCAGAUAAUGAUACCAAUAUCUCUAUAUAUCACAAUGGAGUUAGUUCGAUUGGGCCAGUCAUACUUCAUGAUAGAGGACAAGGAUAUGUACGAUUCUAAAUCUGGAUCAAGGUUCCAGUGUAGAUCAUUAAAUAUAAAUGAAGAUUUGGGUCAAAUACGCUACGUGUUUUCUGACAAGACAGGAACUCUAACAGAAAACAAAAUGGAGUUUCAGAGAGCCAGUAUUCAUGGAAAGAGCUACGGGAGCUCCUUGCAUACAGAUGAUGAAAGUACAGAAGCAGCAGCCAAUAACAGUAAACGAAAAUGGAAACUCAAAUCUGAAACUCCUGUUGAUUCUGAACUAAUGGCAUUGUUGCGGAAAGACUCAAAUUUAGAUGAAAGAAUUGCUGCUCAUGAGUUUUUCCUCACAUUGGCGGCUUGUAAUACUGUGAUCCCCAUUAUCAGUAGUGGUAAAGUUUCCAGUUGUGGAAAAGAUGAAUCAAAUCAUGAAAUAGAAGGUAUUGAUUACCAGGGAGAGUCUCCUGAUGAACAAGCUCUAGUUUCAGCUGCAUCUGCAUAUGGAUAUACUCUAUUUGAGCGAACAUCUGGAAAUAUUGUUCUUGAUGUCAAUGGUGAGAAACUCAGGUUGGACGUAUUGGGCCUGCAUGAGUUUGAUAGUGUGCGAAAGAGGAUGUCAGUUAUUCUCCGGUUUCCUGAUAAUGUUGUUAAGGUGUUGGUUAAAGGCGCUGACAGUUCAAUGUUUAGCAUUUUAGCUCCUGACAAAGAAGGAAACAACGGAAUACAGCAUGAAACUCAGAGUCAUUUAAGUGAAUAUUCUAUGGAAGGUUUACGAACUCUUGUAGUUGGCUCCAGGGAUCUUUCAGAUGCUGAAUUUGAGGAGUGGCAAAACAUGUAUGAAGAUGCAAGCACUUCAUUGACUGAUCGAGCUGCAAAACUACGUCAAACAGCGGCUCUGAUAGAAUGCAACCUAAAGCUUCUCGGAGCAACUGGAAUUGAGGACAAGCUGCAGGAGGGUGUGCCAGAAGCCAUUGAGUCCAUGCGGCAAGCUGGAAUCAAGGUCUGGGUUCUUACUGGUGAUAAGCAGGAGACUGCAAUUUCAAUUGGUCUUUCUUGUAAACUUCUGAGUAGAGACAUGCAGCAGAUCAUUAUAAAUGGCACUUCAGAGGUUGAGUGCAGAAAGCUCUUGACUGAUGCUAUAGCAAAGUAUGGAUUGAAAUCUUCAAGUAGAGAACAUCAGAAUCUGAAGUGCAAAACUGAUUCUAGACAUGAUUGCCCUGAUAUUCACGAUAAUACAAAAUCAUUGGGCUUGCCCAAGUCAAAUGCAUGGAAAAAAGAAGGAACUACUGCUCCAUUGGCACUCAUAAUUGAUGGAACCAGUUUAGUUUAUAUUUUGGAGAAGGAACUGGAGUCAGAGCUUUUCAAACUUGCAACUUCCUGUAGCGUUGUGCUAUGCUGCCGUGUUGCACCCUUGCAGAAAGCAGGAAUUGUUGAUCUGAUAAAAAGCCGCACAGAUGAUCUGACAUUAGCUAUUGGUGAUGGGGCAAAUGAUGUGUCGAUGAUCCAAAUGGCAGAUGUUGGUGUUGGAAUAUGUGGGCAGGAAGGGCGCCAAGCUGUGAUGGCAUCAGAUUUUGCCAUGGCACAAUUCCAGUUCUUGAAAAAAUUGCUUCUGGUUCACGGACACUGGAAUUAUCAGCGUGUUGGUUAUCUUGUUCUGUACAACUUUUACCGCAAUGCUGUCUUUGUGUUGAUGCUAUUCUGGUAUAUAUUAUGCACUGCUUUUUCUACAACUUCUGCAUUGACAGAGUGGAGUAGUGUAUUUUAUUCUGUUAUAUACACAUCUAUCCCCACUAUCAUUGUUGGUGUGUUGGACAAAGACUUGAGUCAUAGUACACUCUUGCUGUAUCCAAAAUUAUAUGGUACAGGUCACAGGCAUGAGGCUUACAAUUUGCAAUUAUUUUGGAUUACAAUGAUUGACACGUUAUGGCAGAGUCUUGCUCUCUUCUACAUUCCCGUAUUCAUCUAUAAGGACAGCACAAUUGAUAUAUGGAGCAUGGGCAGUUUAUGGACAAUUUCAGUUGUUAUCCUUGUAAAUGUACACCUGGCUCUGGACAUUAACCAGUGGGCACUGGUUAGUCAUGUUGCUGUAUGGGGAUCAAUAAUCGUUACAUAUGGCUGCGUGGUGAUAUUGGAUUCUAUACCUGUCUUUCCCAAUUACGGGACUAUUUAUCAUUUGGCAAGUUCCCCUACAUAUUGGAUGACAAUUUUUCUUAUAAUAAUCGUGGCAUUGCUACCUCGCUUUUCUUGCAAAGCCUUUUAUCAAGCCUUUUGUCCUUCAGAUAUCCAGAUAGCCAGAGAAGCUGAGACAAUGACAAAACAGCAUGAUAAUUUGCAACCAAAGUGUCCAGUUUCCAAAUAACUCGAGUUAUUAUUAAUCUUGUAGAAACUAGAGAAUCUCAUCGGAAUGGUUUCCACUGUAAUUUUUCCAUCACAUUGCAUUCUUGUGGCAGUUGGCUGUACAAGUGACCAG